CUAUUCCGUACCGUCGACGUCCACCUCCAUCCAAGGCCCGCAAGCCUCGCCUCUUUACGACCCCGCACGAACUCACGACGUUCAGAUCUCUUUCUCUGUUCUCUUCAUCGCCCUCUCGCCUCCCCGCUCUUCGCGCCUUCCGUUUCACGUCGGCUGCUCUCUCAUUUUCAAAGCAGCCUCCUCUUCCCCGCCGAUCAGACGCUCUCUCAGACGCGAUCAGACUUGCAUAUCCCUGUACUCUCGUUUCUGCUCUGUGAAGAAUGGAUAGUUGGAGGGUAGCCGUUCUCGGCGAUGGAGGCGUAGGCAAGACCGCUUUGGCUGUGCAGUUUACACUGAAUUGCUUUGUUGAGACAUAUGAUCCAACGAUAGAAGAUGCAUAUCGCCGACAGCUGGUCGUCGACAAGCGGAUGUGCUUCAUUGAAGUGAUUGAUACAGCAGGACAAGAGGAGUACGCCACUCUACGCGAUCAAUGGGUCAGGGAAGGCCAGGGAUUUAUCCUGGUUUACUCGAUCGCGUCACGCGCAACCUUCGACCGGCUCGACGUCUUCCGACAAGCCAUGCUGAAGGUGAAGCGACAGAAGCCGGUCUUCAUGCUCGUGGGCAACAAGUGCGACAAGCAGUACGAGCGAGAGGUCUCGCGAGAGGAGGGCGCGACACUGGCACGGAGCUUCGGCUGUGACUUCCUCGAAACGUCGGCCAAAACACCGACGAAUGUCGAGAGACUCUUCGUUGAGCUUGUCCGGUUGCUACGACAGACAAAACAACAGGAGCAAGGCAUGCAGGGCCGACCACAAGCGAGCAACGAUCGGCCGCAAAAGCCUUCAGGAGGGAAGGGUUCAGGGAAGAUCAAGUGUAUUAUCAUGUAGGGCGCAUCGAGGACUAUAUAGAACUGACCCAUUUCUGCUGCUCACCCCGUAUCACGAUACCAUUUCUCUUACGUUGGGUUCAUAACGUCCGCCGGUUCCGACUGCUGCCGGGACAGAUAUCCCUUUCCCGUCGGCUACGUUGACAUUCAGAAUUGCUUCAUGAUGUACAUAUUCCCCACUCUUCCCUCUGUGCAUAGUCCAGUUCUGUCACAUAGGAAUACAUCUAUGCUUGCUUGGAUGUACCACAUCG